AUGGCGACGAAUUGUCCUUACGAAAACGACGGUGUGCCCGGCGCCCCACCACCACCACCGGAGCCCACCCCGCCGUUCUCCAACUCAUUGCCGUCGACGUCGCAGCAGCCGUCCCCGUCCUCUUUCUUGCCACCGCCGUAUCAUUAUCGAUCGCAACCAGAUGAAUGGUGGAACAUCCCUGUCCUCGACAACCAGGACGCCAUCAAUGGCAGCCUUUUCGGCUAUAUCAAUUAUUUUGACGCCUCGCCGCCGCCGCCGCCGCCGUUGGGGUUGGGCGCCUCCCCGUUUGCACCCUUCGUGCAGCCGGCGAUGCCCCCGCCGUCGCAACAACAGCUUCGUUAUCCAUCGCAGCCAGAUGAAGAGUUGAACAACAUCCCUGCGCUCGGCAACAACGACGCCAUGAAUGCCAGCCUUUUCGGCGAUUAUUUUGACGCCUCACCGCCGCCGCCGUUGAGCUUGAGCGCUACCCCGGUUGCACCUUUCGUGCAGCCGGCGAUGCCUCCAGCGCCGCACUACAGCCAGCAGCCACCGGCCAUGGUGACCAUGGGAGAAACUCAGUACUGCUACUCGGGAGCCGCUCCAGAGCACGCCCUACUCCCGGAGGCGCCACCACCGCCGGCAGCUGAGCCGGCCAAGCCAGCAGGACCCCGUCGUCGUGGCCGGCCUCGUGGGAGCACCGCAAAGUCCAAGUCCAAAUCGAAGGUCGCCAACACCGCCGCCGCAGCUGGGCGCCGGCAGCAAGAAGCUGCUACCGCGUCUGCCAUCAUCGUCCGGCAGGAUACGGAAACCGUGGGAGCCGGCAGCGCGGAGGAAGAGAAGGAGGAGGAGCAAGAAGUGGUGGAGUACGCGGACACGAACAUCCCGGGCGUCCGGUUCGUGCCGACGGACGUGGAGAUCAUUUGGUACCUAAGGAGGAAGUAUCGCGGCCAGAAGAUGCCCGUCGACUUCAUCCAGGAGUUCGACGUCUUCGAGGACCAUCCCGACAAGAUCCAAGAAAAGUACGGGAAGGGCCAGGAAGGGGUAUGGUACGUGUUCUCAUCCAGGAACCGGAGAUACAAGAAUGGCACCCGGCCGGGUCGGUCUGUCGGAAAAGUGGGCUUUUGGAAAUCCACCAGCAUAGAGAAGGAUGUAAAAGAUGAGAAUAACAAUAAUGCUAAGAUCGGGAGAACGAACGAGCUCACAUUCAUGCUCGGCCACCAGCCAAAGGGGACGUCGACCCCCUGGAGGAUAAAGGAGUACCGCAUGGAGGAAUACCAGAAAUACCCUAAUCCUUCGUCCAUGCUGCUUGACCCGUGGGUGCUCUGCAAAUUGUACCGUACUAAAGAUAAACCAGCAGACCAGCAUGACGUCGAUCAACCAGAUGAGGGUGAUGAACACGUCGGCGACGCAAAUGGCGGCGGAGGCCAAGACACCAUUGAUGGGAUUCAUCCACCGAAUGGCCCCGAGCAAGAGUUGGGCACAGAAGAACACUGCUACUUUUCACUUGAUGACUUUAUACAUGGAGAUCCCAAAGAUCAAUAGAUCGCCCGGGCCAUUGGAUAAACGGGUGGAAAGUACAGAUUUUAUGUGAGAGAUCUUAUGGCUCUGGUGCCGUUGUCCUGGGAAAACCUACCUUUUCAAAAAUAAAUACUAAAAUUAGGAACCAUAGUUUAAAUCCAAAUGCAUAGAUAAUAAGUUGUGAGAAUUUUGUUUCUAUGUUGUUACUAGAAGCAGGAUAUA